UAAAAUACCGACCAUUUUAGUAUUUUUAGUGCAUGUGAAUAAUUUAAAAUUUCAUCAUAAAAUUGACAAAAUGUGGCUAACGCUACGUAGAUACUCUGUUUACGUGUAAACCCUAUUAUUUACUUACUAUUUGAGUAAGUUAGAGAAGAAAGAAGACAUUUAGUUCUGGUUCCACUGGAGCUAGCUUCCCAGGCGGCAAGCUGAAAGAAGCCAUUAUUUUUACAGACCGUUAUUGAUUUAUAACCAGCCUCCCCGAUGAUGAUGUAUACGGGAACGAGUACUGAGCAGGACACCCGCUUCAGUGAUAAAGAGAAGAAACUAAUGAAGCAAAUGAAGUUUGGUGAUUGCUUGACACAGCAGGUGGACAUGUCCAAGGUGAAGCUGGACGUGCUGAAGCCAUGGAUCACACAGAAGAUCACCGAAAUCCUCAAGAUGGAAGAUGAUGUAGUCAUUGACUAUGUCAAUAACCAACUGGAGGAAAAGUUCCCCUGUCCGAAAAAAAUGCAGAUCAAUCUGACGGGGUUCCUGAACGGGAAGAACGCUCGUCUGUUCAUGGGCGAGCUGUGGGAGCUGCUGCUCAGCGCGCAGGCCUCCGACAACGGCAUCCCCGAGGCCUUCACCCAGCAGAAGAAGGAGGAGAUCAAGAAGCGAUUGGUGGAGGAGCAGAAGGAGAAAGAGCCGCGGCGGCGCUCGCGGUCGCGGUCGCGCUCCCGGUCGCCGUCGCGCCCGCGCCGCCGCUCCCGCGACCGACGCCGCUCCAGGUCACGCGACCGAUCUACUGACAGGAAACACCGCAACGGAGGCAGCCCGCGCCGCUCGCGCCGCCGCAGCAGCAAGAGUCCCGCCAAGCCAGCCCCGCCUGAAGAAGUCAAAACUGAGAAUAAUGAAAACGGCAAGUCACCGGUGCACAAGAAGGAGGAAGCUGAGAAGAGUGAAGACAAGGCGCUGAACUCCAGCGCAGACGCGGGCAAAGAGGAGGACAAGUCCGGCGAGCCCAAGGCGGAGAAGACUGAGGAGAAUGGAGUCAAAUCUAAAUCUGCUUCACCUGCCAGGUCUACUAAAGAAGAAGCCAAGCCCGCCGACAAGACGAUUCGUUCGUCAAGGUCGAGGUCAAGGUCGUCCUCGGCUUCAUCACGUGGCAGUGCUAAGAAGAAGUCAUCGUCACACAAGAAGCGGCACUACCGCUCCAACCGAGACUCCUCUAACAGCGUCAGCCCCAGGAGGAGCUCACGAAGAGACAGGAGCAAGUCCCGUCAGCGCAGCAGCCGCCGGCGCUCCGUGGACCGCCGCGAGAGGGAGAAGGAGCGCGAGAGGGAGCGAGAGAGGGAGAGGGAACGGGAGCGACGACGCCGCGAGCGGGAGAGAAGGGAGAGGUCGAGGGAACGUCGACGAUCGCUCGAAAGACGUUCUAGGCGCUCGCCAUCGCGUAGUCGACGACGUUCAAGGUCUCGCGACAGAAGGCGUUCGGUGUCGCGCCGCCGCAGCAGCCGCGACCGCCGCCGCUUGUCGUCCCGAGACAGGAGGUCCCGCGAGCGACGCCCGUCUCUGCGACCCUUGUCGCCCAAGCGAUCUCGCUCCAGGGACAGGAAGUCUCGCGAGCGUCCCGCGAAGGAGAGGCGGUCCCGCGAGCGUCGCUCCAGCGCACGUCGCUCCAGCGUGCGUCGCUCUAGUGCCCGUCGCUCCAGUGAACGACUCAAGGAGAGGCUAGAGAAAUCCGUCUCCAUAUCACGCAAAGUUGCUGUGACAGGAAACCUCGAGCGCGUGCUCCGCAAGAAGUCCUCAGAACCACGCGCCCCGCGCGAGCGCUCGCAGGCACGAGACAUCUCCAUCUCCAGCCGAGACUCGUCCGUCGACAAGGACAAGUCCGCCUCGCAGAAUAACACCACCAAGCCGGCACACUCCUCCGAUGAAGACGACAAGGAUGACUUCAUCCCCAUUCCCAGUCUAAGAGAGUUCUCCAAGAGCCUCUCACGUACCCCCUCACCGUUCCUAAGAAAACACGAGGCUGAGGCCAGCAAGAAGUCAGACAGGUCUGGAGACGAAGCCUCGGUGAAGGAACAACCGGCUGAGAAGGAGAAUAAGGUUGCGGAGGCCAGGAAGGGCAAACGCAAGGCGCGGCGCUCUGAGUCUGAGAGCGAAGGCAGCGAUGCCAAAGCCAAGAGCAAAGCUAAAUUGAAACGCAAAGAGAAAACCUCAUCAAAGAAAUCUAAGAAGGCCAAGAAGGAAAGCUCAUCCAGUGACAGUGAGACCGAGGAGUCAUCGUCGAGUGACUCAGAGGAGGAGAGGAAGAGGAAAACAAAGAAGAAUGCGAAGAAGAAGGUCGCCAAGAAGAACAAGAAGAAGCGAUCCCGCUCGUCCAGCUCCGACUCCAGCUCCGACGACGACGACGACGCCAAACAAAAGACUGCCAAGUCAAAACAAAAGAACAUUCCAGACGAGUCGGACGAUGACAAGAAAUCCAAAAAGAGAAGGGAAUCUACUGGAGAUAAGUCUAAUGAGCGAAAAGGUAAAUCAAAGAAAGAUGAUAAUUCUGAAGAUUCCAAUGACGACAGCUCUGAUAGUGCUGAGAAAAGCAAGAAGAAAGUCGCGAAACGCGACUCUUCCAGCUCACCCGAAAAAGAAGUGAAGCGAUCCAAGAAGCGAGACGUAUCCAAAGACAAUGUGACCUCACCAGAAGUGAAAGCAAAGAAAGAUGACAAAGUAGCCAAAUCUAAGCAGAGUGAAGAAGGCAAAUCAAAAACUCGGGAUGACGGAGAAAAGAAAGCUAAGAAACGCGAAAAGGAGGAAUCUUCAUCGGACAGCGACCAAGUGUCGAAGAAAAAGGCCAAGAAGAAGGUUUCCGAAUCCGAUUCCGACUCGGACAGCGACGAGCCAAAGAAGAAGAAGCACACAAAGAAACACAAGAAACACUCCAAGAAACAUAAGAAGCACAAAAAACACAAGAAAAUAUCAAAGAAGAAGGACGAUUCUUCUGAUAGCGAUGAAGCAGAAGAAGAGGAGGAGGGGAAAGUGAAUACUGAGGAUCUAGAAAAGAAACUUCGCGAGAGAGCCCUCAAGUCCAUGAAGAAACAAACCAGCGCCUCAGGCUCAGAGUAAUUAAUUUGUUAAGUACCUAUACUCUCGUCAAGAAAGUAGUGUUUCUUACUGAGAGUUAAGAAAUAAUUUUAUGUUAGGCAUGCUUCUCCUAAAUAAGGCAAUGAAGUAAUAAAAUAAAACUAAUAUUUUAAGAUUGUGUACGUCACAUUAAUAGUUAAUAAAAUUUGAACAUGCAUUA